AUGCGCUCCUCGUCGUUGCUCAUCUCGCUGCUUUGCUUCGUGCUCUCAGCCAGCGCAACUCCAGUCGAUCCAGUCGCUAUUGCGCCACCUCAGGUCGUCUCUACCCUCCCUGAAUCGGUAGCUGUCAAGGACGGCAAGGAUGCCGGCUCGACGUUUGGUACUGCGCUCUGGGGUGUGCCUGGAAUUGGCGGCUUUCAACCGAUUUGGAAGCGUCGCAAGCGUGCAGAAGUGCAAGACUCGACUGAUAAAUCCGACAUUCAGACGUUAAGGAACGAUCACAUCUUCCUUGCCAAACGCGGCCAAUUUGAUCUACCCAAGUUCGAUACUGCUAUCAAGAAUGGCAAACUUGUGUACAAAUGGACGGAUGGGGGCCGUACUUGGGGCAAUCCUAUCGCAAGGCGUUCGUCUUCAAACGACGCGCAAGAAAGAGAUCUCGUGGCGGACCCUAUCAUCGAGGAAUCCUCCGCCGAAGAUUUUCGAAACAAAGCCAUGAAGAUUGCCUUGCCGGUCUGGCCUGCUAAAUCCGAUUGUGGAAACUCGUGGCAUAACCCUUGUAGAAGACGUCCACGCACCUUGAAGGGGAACGUGCUCGAGAGCCGCUCUGGCACGCCAGACACCAUGCGACCAAGAGCUGCAGAGGCUGCUAAUCUUGAGAGCCUUCCUAGCGGCACCGUAACUCGCAGGCUGGUCGGGGGGUCUUCGGACAAGCAGCGUGCAGGGGUAGCCGAAAUCACAAAAUCGCAAGUCAAUGAGCAUCGCAGGAGCGAUCUCGGUGUCACGGAGAGUGAACUGCGCGUCCACAGCUCGAGAUCGGAGCUUCCCGACUUGAAGACAGCUCUUCAUGAAGCGGCCAAAGGAUGGGGACUCGUUGGACACAACUGGGGCAAGCGUGGACCGUUCAAGCGAUGGUCAGUCCCAGGACGCCACACGACGGAUGAGAAGAAUCCGACUAGCAGGCGGGCGGACUUUUGGGAUGAAGACGCAGAAGUUGGCGUUGCCCAGCCAGCUUUCGCUGCACCCAUCUACGGGCGCGAUCUCGCGACCAAGAAGACAAAGUCGGGGGCGGCGCAGACUGACUUUGCGAUACCAAUUUACGGACAAGGCGGAGCGCUGGAAAGACGCGACCCCAGAUGGCCUCUGGUGCUUGGCAGCGCGAAGAAAGGAGACAAGGGUCAGACGUGGGGACGCCGAGACGUGAGCUUGACGAAAGACGGGAAGGAUUGGGUGUUGCCAGAGGAUGGUACAGAGGUAGGCCCUUCCACGAUCCAGACGGCCAGGAGUGGUGAGUCACGAGCCCCGGUGCAACACGUCGGUCGAACGCUAGGCUGACUCUGCGAGCGCAUAACCACAGUGCAAGAGGUCAAGGGCAAUCAGGCUGCACCUCGAGCUCCCUCAUCCGCUCUAGACCUAGACAAGCGUGCGAAGGAAUUUGCCGUGCCCAUCAACGGUUGGGCCAACACUCGUGGGAGGCGUGCGAGUCCACGCGGCGCGCACAUCAUGUCUCGAGAGCUGGACGACGGGCCAUUCUUUCCUUUUCCUGGGGGUAGUGCUUGGGGCGAACGCUCGAUGAGUCAAGAGGCUGAUGCUGCAAUCUCGUCUCUCCUUGGAGUGAGGUCCGACCCUGUGGUCGAGGAUGCUCACCCGUCGCAAGCAGGAGAGCCUAUCCAUGCUUCAGACCGGCUCAAGGGUCCGAAGUGGGGCUGGCCCUCCUGGGCAGGAACGAAGCCCAUCACGAGUCGCGACUCUGGAUCAGCUCCUGGCAUUGGCCACAAGGUCGUUGAAGAAGCGCGCGAGCGCGACGAUGAUCUCGACAUUUCGGACGAGUUGGCUUCUAAGAUCAAGUCCGAAGUCCACAUCGCGUGGCCUGUGCACGGGGUCGGAUUUGCAGAGCGGAGCGAAGCAGCGUCCAAGCGCUGGGCAUUUAUUGGUGUGGACGGGGGUCACCGUGCGGUUCCGGACUGGGAUGAAGGCAAAAGAUCACUGCGCAAGCGCGAAGUGCCUCAGGAUGGUCAGGCCAAGAUCAAAAGGUGGGGUUGGGGCCUCCCUUGGGGAUGUGGCGAUUGCCAUGACGACGCUGCAGUGAUUUCGCGCUAG